UUCCGAAGUAAACAGGGAAAGAUUUCCCUCUCAGUCGUCCCGACCGUGAUUCAUUGCCCUAUUUAGCCAGCACAAAGACAGAACAAUAGUGUUCUGUCUUAACGCAUCUUGCUUUGUAGUCUCUCUAAUUCAAUCUAUGGCAGAGAUUAGAACAAUUCGAAUGCCGAAUCACCAGAGGAAGACGAUCCUGGAUAGAGACCAAGCAAGCCAUGCUGUGAGCUUCUCCAAGCGAACGAAAACCUUGAAGAAGAAAGCUCACGAGCUUCAGACACUGUGUGAUGUCAAGAUUUGCAUGGUCUGUUUUGGUCCUGACAGCACCGUCCAGACAUGGCCAGAGGGUGCUGUGGAGGUCAAGGAUGCAAUCAUGUCCUACAAAGGACUCGGUGAUAGAAAGAAAUACGAGAGCAGCCUCUUGGGUUAUUUGCAUGAUAAAAAGAUGAAGCUUGAAGUCAAGAAACGGAAGGUGAUGAAGAAGGUUAAUAAAGAGCUCUUUGCCAAGUGGUCCGAUCAUGUUGAUGGGUUAUCUGAUGAAGCUUUGAGGGACAUAGUUAACACUUUAGAGUCUAGAAUGUUUGAUUUGAAAGAGAGAAUAAAGUUAUGCAUGCAGAGGGAUAAGGUAAAGGCAAUUCAAGAUCAUGUUGAUAUGGAACUCGAGAUGGAUGGAUCAUCCGUUCCUAGCAGUGCUGCUGGUGCAACUGCGUGGCCAGCAGAGGUCAUGGAUACAAACAUCAACAUUGUGGAAACUGUUGGUAAUAAUGACAAGGAGGCAACUUCCACCAGCUUUGAGAUGCCACCACCACCAAAAGAUUCAAGUGACUGGAUGGAGAAUUUAUGUAACUGGAUGGCGAAUGAUGAAGCCUAUCAGCAUGGUUUUGAAGAUGAUGAUUGGUUUAAUGAGUGGGAAGCAAAACAAUAUGAUGAUUGUCGGCUGUAGUAGUAUUUGGCUUUCUUUUUUAAUGUUAAGAUGUAUCUAGAUUCUAUACUAAUAAUUCUGCAACUCAAAGGUCUACUGAAAA